AAAAACCUACAUAAUAAAUUUUAUAAAUGAAUUUACUACUUUUAUUAUAUUCACAACCUGUACGCUCACUACAUAAUGUGUAAACUUAACUUUAUUUAACAUAAUUAAUGUGCAAGUUCAAGCUUUUAUUUUGAAAAUAUUUUAAAAACUCAUAAUAAUUUAUACGUAACUGUAGAUUAAACAAUAUAUUUAAUUUUUUUCUAGUUACAUCUUGCUAUAAAACAUUUUUAUCAACAAUUAAGUCUGCCAAUAUGAAUCUUAAGCCUAUAAGAAUUUCAAGAUCGCUUAAAAAAGAUAUACCAUCAUCAACACCUAGAAAAGAAUUUGUAUUAGAACAUCAAGAAUUACAUUUCAUACAAGGACAACGUGGUAAAAAAUUAUUGGUAUUCGAUGGUUUUACGUUCUCAAUCAAUAACACGGUUGAAAAUCGUAUCUAUUGGAAUUGUAGGUCACGAAAAGCUGGAAACACCCCAUGUCGAGCUAGAAUAACUACAAUUAAAUUGAUAGUUCGUAUAGAAAGCUGAUUCCAGUUACACAAUCAAAAUAUGAAUUAAUACAAAAUUGUAAACAUUAAAAAAAUUGUCAACGAAAGACCUUCAAUCACGGAAUUGACAAGGUAAAAAUAAUAAUUUUUUAUUUCUUAACUCAUGAUUUUUAAAAGUUAGCUUCUAAAAUUGCAGAUUAAAAAAGAAGUGUCUAAACGAAGAAACAAGCUACUCACUAUGACACAAAAUAAUUUACAAUAAAAAAGCAAAGCAAUUUUGAGCCCAAGUUCUGUGGUUGCACUAUUAAAAAACUAAUCUGCAUAUUAAAUCAAUAGUUAAUGCUAUUUGAAAAUAUUUUUUUUAAGUAAAUAAAAGGCAAAAAAUUAUAAAAAAAGACAAAAAUACUAGUAAAAUUUUUUAUUUUUUAUUUUGCAAAAUAUUUUUAUAAAUAUGUAUGAAUUUAAUUUUUUUUUAAAUUAAACUCAACUAAAUAGUUUUUCUCUUUUAUUUUUUUUUCGCUUCUUUGAAUCACCUGCGUAUAGUAUUAGAUAUAGCUGUUUAUGCGAGGACUUCAAGAAAUAAAAUCCAAUUAAUUUAUGGC